CCGCUACGGCUCAUAGCGAAGCUGAAGGCCGUACAGAAGCAUAAGCUUAAAUCGUCUCAGAAGGACAAGGUCCGCCAGUUUAUGGCAUUUACCCAGGCUGGUGAAAGGACUGCUAUAUACUGCUUAAUGCAGAAUGAAUGGAAACUAGAAGUGGCAACAGACAACUACUUCCAAAAUCCAGACUUGUACUACAAAGAAUCCAUGAAAAAUUCAGUAGACCGGAAGAAAUUAGAACAAUUGUAUAAUCGAUAUAAAGACCCACAAGACGAAAAUAAAAUUGGCAUUGAUGGGAUUCAACAGUUCUGUGAUGAUUUAAGCCUGGAUCCUGCCAGUAUCAGUGUUCUCGUUGUAGCAUGGAAGUUCAGGGCAGCUACUCAAUGUGAAUUCAGUAGAAAGGAAUUUGUAGAUGGCAUGACAGAUUUGGGGUGUGACACCACAGAAAAACUGAAAGCUCUAUUGCCAAGACUGGAACAAGAGCUAAAAGAUCCAAUAAAGUUCAAAGAUUUUUAUCAGUUUACUUUUAACUUUGCUAAAAACCCUGGACAAAAAGGUCUAGAUCUAGAAAUGGCAAUUGCAUAUUGGAAUUUAGUCUUAUCGGGAAGGUUUAAAUUUCUAGAUCUUUGGAAUAAAUUUUUGCUGGAACAUCAUAAAAGAUCAAUACCAAAAGAUACUUGGAAUCUUCUGUUAGACUUUGGAAAUAUGAUUGCAGAUGAUAUGUCCAACUAUGAUGAAGAAGGAGCGUGGCCUGUUCUUAUAGAUGAUUUUGUGGAAUAUGCACGACCAGUAGUCACAGGAGGAAAGCGUAAAACUUCCUAACCUCUGACUCAUCAAGAUGGACUAAAUGUGCAGUCUGAACUGCAUUAGGUAACGAAGAUUUGUUGGCCAAUAACUGUGCACACUGUUGCUGGUUUCUGCGGACAUGAUGAGUUUCCAUAGACAAAACUGAAAUUCCUCCUUUCUGUCUAAAGAAAAUGAUGGCUGACUUGUGGACACAUCAAGAACAAACUCAGAAGAUAGUCCAGGCUGUUUGUAGGCUAUUGGCUUCAAUUAUUGUACUGGUUGUAUCAUAUAUAGGAUGUAGAUUUUGCAUGAUUUUAUACUUUGGAGAAGUUUAACUAGAGGCCAUUUUAUUAAAGUUUUGACAGCACAGCAUGCCAUUCAGUUCAUGAUCCAAAGUGAACACCAGCAGUUACAUGAAUAAAACUGUAUUAUAUUGUACUUAAAUGAAAAGCAGUAUUUGUGGUAUAUAAAUUAAAUCCCUAAAUAAAACUUAUGCAGUAUGUUGUAUUUUUAUAAAAGUUAGCUCUGUAGUUAGCCCUAAUACAGAACUGUAACAAGAUGCACUUUUUUUACUUGUUGCUGAGAUUUUAAAUUUAUAUUUUUAAGCUCUUGGAUGUACAGACUGAUCACAUCUAGCCUUUUUUUCCCCAAUAAGAGUAACUUCCUCAUUACUAUAUUCUUGAAGGUCUGAGACGUGUUACAGUAGCAUUGCUGAGGAAGGACUACUGCUCUACGCUAUAUUGCAAAUCAACUGUUUUUUUAUUAACCGUUUUAAAGUAGACCUUAAACAACCAAAGAUGCUUUUAUAAUUCAUGCUUGAUUGUCAUAAUUUAGUUAGUCUGCAAUUAUGUUUUGUUUACUUUAUUUUAAAUUACGAAUUGGUGUGAUUUAUUACGUUUAUUAGUAGCCUGAAACAUAUCAUAAAUUCUAGCUAAAUGCAACAAGUUAUGAAUGCAAUUCCUGACAUGUUCCACAAAAUAAACAUGAAUAAGCCCAAAGACUUGGAGUUAGCUCCUGCUUUGGAGAAAUAGUUGCAGGUGAGGAGACUUUACAGUACUGAUGUUAGCCUCAGGAUGUUUUUGUAAUAGUUAUUCAGUAACACUUAUUUAAAAAAAAAAAAAAAA